AUGCCGGCCUUCAGGCCGCUUGCGAAUUUGCGAGUGUCCCUUGCAAACCCUGCGCCCCAAUACCGACGCUUCAGUGCAACUCCUACCCGAUGCUUGAGUGCCGUCUUCGCAGAGACCGAAAACCCCGAGUUGAACAAAAUUCUUAUCGAUGUUCAGGAGAAGAUCAUCCUUCCAGCAUACCUGCCCGAGACACAGAGGAAGAUUGUCUAUAACCCAAGCAAGAGCGACUUCAUGCGGCGCAACCCCAUCGUUAUCGAGCUUGAUGGCCUUGAGCAUACAUUUUCGCCAAUCGAUAUAAAGAAGGACAUCCCGAAUUCAAAGACAGCACUCACGCAAGCGACCAAGCUAAUGAAGACCAAGGAGGAAUGGGACAACAUCGCUACGUUCCUCGCCGGCUACAAGAGGGCUGGGAUUAAGCUAGAAAAGGAGCACUAUUCGUCCUUGAUUCGGAGGGCAUGCGACGCCCAGCAGGAAUAUUCCAUUAUUGAGUGCGCCAAGCAGGCUGACAAGACUGGCCUUACUCUAAGAUACGAUUCCUCAAUCACCCUCUUAAUGUCAUCCAUCAACCAAAGGAUCUACGACUCAACGCGAGAAGAGCAAGAUAUUCUGCAAGCUUUGAAAUGGAAUCAACUGAUUUGGGAUCUGAUACAACGUCCACAGCACGAACGGAAAGAAGAGUUAAUCUCUAGGCUGGCUCACUUCAGCCCUACCAUCCGAGGACUUCUUCUUUUCAGCCAAGCACAUACAAUCCAAGCGCAACAGGCAGCCGGAGAGUCUGUCGAGAAACUCACCAAAGAAUUGCGGGAUAACGUAGAGUUCAUCGCCGCAGCGUGCAAAAUUGAGCGGCAUCGCGGCAUGGUCCCCUCGUGGCACAAGUUGAACGUACGCAGUGACAAAGAGACCCGGACGAAGAAGGACCCUCUCAGCCCCUACUACUAUGUUAGGGUACUUGCUCAGAACAUCAGAGCGGUGGAACUUGCACAGGAAAUUAUUGGCGACGACGCAAAGAACCUGACGCAUUUCCAUGACCUGCUGGAAAAACAUGCCGAAGACUUCAUCAAGGCAGGCUCUGAAAACAGGAAAGGCUUUGGUCUCGAAUAUGAACGUAUUACAGGCCGGAAGCCUGAUUGGGAGAAAUACUUGACUAUGGAUUAG